AUUCACCCGGGCAUUGUAUUGAAAAUUUCUGAGAUCAGUUCUCCAUGAUGCACGCCAACCAGUUCAUUUGGAGGCCUUAUCUCCAGCGGAACUUGCCUGAAUGUUGUGUUGUCGGUCGUCCUAUAUGGACGUCGAUAACAACUCUUAUCUGCUGGAAUCUGGUUGAGCCACACCUGCCACAACGAGUGUUGCGACAAUUUGGGAUUGUCCAACCGUAUGUCCCGCUCCUCCACCGCUUCCACGGUUCUGAUUUUACAAAACAGGAUCGCCGUGGAAAAUCUGGCCGGAAUUGGGCUGAGUGGCACGCCCAUCAUAUACAGGAGUGGGACAAUAGGAACGACUUGGUGUGGACUGAUGUGGAGUACACUAUGGAAUCUGUUGCAACCCAUGAAUAUAUGAAUUGGUUUCGCCAAAUAACUGUGGUAUAUUUAACCAAACUUGGCGUGCAUGCUGAAGAGGGCUUCCACGAAACGACAUCUUCUCAUAACUCCAAAUAUACACAAUGCAUGAGUCCAAACAUUCAAGAAUUGGGGCAGUUGCGCCUGUCAUGACCUAGUUGACGGCAAUGUUUACAACGGCGUCGGGCUCGUGGCUGGUCAGCUUCACGGACAUCCAUCUGAUUAGGAAUCCUAGUUGUACGGUAUCGACCACGACUUCAGGGCAUUAGCUGAGUUCGUGAACACUGCAAAUUCCACUCAGGCACGUCCCAAUAAUCUUGGUGUCUGAUUGGAUUGAACACCGUAGAAUAUUGGUGUACCCAAACACUUGUGUGGUAUACGGGGUCAACAAGCGACAACAUGUUGUCAUUUUUAAACCGCGCAACUGCCGCUGCAUGUGAACAUGGAAGUCUUCACAUCUGCCACUUUUAGCAAUUGCAGUUCGACUCCUAGUACUUUACCUUUCACUUAUUA